AUUCCAAUGCAAGACCCUAGAUAGCACAUUCCUUCGCCCACAAACCCAUGUUCCAGCUGAACCUUGCGUUACCGAGACGUUCGACAGGAGAUUAUGAUGAGCUGACAAAGACGCUUGCAUAACGCUAUCUCUUGCCCACCAUAGGGAGGUAUGCUCAUACAAAUAAGUUCACUCAUGUCACAUUUUAAGUUCUAAUUGAAGCAAGCACUGUUUCGUGUGAGUGGCUUGCAUACUGUCACCUUCCUCCCCAUCGAUCUUCCCGCCGUCGCCCACAUUCCCAAAACAGCCGCCGCCAUGCUCAUCACUCCCAGCCUUCUGGGGAGCCUCCUCGCCCUAAUGGGCGGCGCAGCCUACGCUGCUGACUCGGAGCAGACCAGUGAGGUCGGUGAGACUGUCAAGGGUGAUUACUUGGCUCAGGAGGCGUUUCAGCUCACGGACGCCUCACUUCCCCAGAUUGAUGAAAUCGAUCCCGAUCAUGCAUCGCUCUUCUACCCCGAGAAUGUCUCCACCAAGCGUCGAAGUCUUAGUUCGCGCACUGAGACGAAAUGCAAGACGUUUCCUGGGGACUUUCUCUGGCCGAAGGAGCCUGUUUGGAAGUUGCUUGACUUGAUCACUGGUGGCGCUCUCAUCAAGACUGUUCCCAUUGCAGCUUCAUGCUACGAUAACCUUGGUGUUUACAACAAGGCUCGAUGUAGUUAUGUCACUGACAAUUGGUCCAACUCCUCUCUGCAUAUCGCCGACCCAACCUCUGUCAUGUACCCUUUGUACGAAGGUCGCACAUGCCAGCCGGGCGAGGAAGUCACAGGAAACUGCACCCUUGGUGGCUACCCAUCCUACGUCGUCGAUGCGCAAAACGUUUGCCACAUACAAUUGGCUGUCAACCUAGCCCGGUCGCUUAACAUGCGACUUGUCAUCAAGAACACUGGCCACGACUUUAAUGGGCGAUCUGCCGGUGCCGGCGCCUUGUCGAUCUGGAUGCAACGCUUCAAGGGUAUCCAGUUCUUCAAGACCUACAAGACCAAGGGUUAUAGUGGACCUGCCCUCAAGGUUGGAGCUGGUGUCCUUGGUGCUGAGCUUUAUCAGGCUGCUGAGAAGUAUGGUGUCACUGCUGUUGGAGGUGAAGGUUUGAGUGUCGGCUUUGCUGGAGGAUACCUAGCUGGCGGUGGACACUCGCCCAUGUCCCCUCUCUACGGAAUGGGUGCCGAUCAGAUUCUCAGCAUCGACGUUGUGACCGCCGAUGGCCAAUUUGUCACUGCCAACCAGGACGAGAACACCGAGCUCUUCUGGGCCCUCAGCGGCGGUGGCGGAAGCACAUACGGUGUCGUCACCUCAUACACCGUCAAGGUAUUCCCCAAGAUCAAGGCCUCCGUCAUGACAUUCUCUUUCGGCACCAGCGAUACAGUCUCGUACGAUACCUUCUGGAAGGCUGUAAAGGCUUACUGGAAGGCAAUUCCUACCUUCAACGAUGCUGGUAACUAUGAGUACUGGGGUGUCUUCCAUGGAGCUGGUGACGGCCUCAUCUUUUCUUUCUUCCCUUGGUUUGCGCCCAACCAUACUCUUGCUGAGUUGAAGACUUUGACUGCACCACUUUUCAAGACCUGGAAGGACCUUGGUAUCGAGCCCGAUGUUACCGCGUCUGAGCAUGAUACUUUCUAUGGAGCUUGGUCGGUCGGAUUCCCUCGUGAGUCUGUUGGUGGUGCCAAGACUAAGACUGCUGGUCGUCUCUUCCCUACUGAGAACCUCGUAGACUCAGUUAAAUUCGACCAGACCUUCAGUGCACUCAAGGGUCUUUCCGAUAAGGGGGGUGAUUUAAUUGGCUUCGGUAUCACAGGAGGGCCAGGACCUUACCCCGAUAACGCUGUCAACCCUGCUUGGCGAGGCGCUGCUAUGUGGGCCAUUUCUGUCAUUAACUUCCCCGAGGGCAGCUCAUGGGAUGUCGUUGCUGAGAGGAGCAAGACAUUGACAAACGAUUGGAUGAAGCCGUGGAGGGAUGUGACACCUGGCGGAGGUGCAUACGCCUCUGAGGCUGAUGUCACUGAGCCUAACUUCCAGCAGUCCUUCUAUGGUGCUGAUAAGUAUAAGAAGCUUCUUACCAUCAAGGACAAGGUCGACCCUAACGGUCUGUUCUAUGCGCUGCAGGGUGUUGGUAGCGACCGGUGGUAUGUCACGGAUCAAGUUCCUGGUGUUCCUACCCAGAAUGGUCGUCUCUGCCGCGUGUAGAGCGAAGGCCACCGCACAUCGCGGAGACCGCUAGAAAGAUAUCUGACCUAAUUCGCGUAUCCCAUUCUGCCGUUGUACAUAGUCGAGAAGAUCGCUUUUCAUACAUAUAAUGCAAGAGAGUAGCCCAUACAAUUAGACAUUGAGUCAUCACAAAGCUUGUUCCUUAAUAUCCUAAUUCGGUGCCGCGUCACUCACCAAAGGGUGAGCGUCAACUUGCCGAAAGUCCAUUAUGCGGUCAACAAACAAGUCAUUAAAACGCUUUGCAUGAUGACAGCAGAAAACAACAAUUA